UGAUUGCAACUUAAGACAAACAAAGCGUGAAUAAUUUACGUUUUCCUGCAACACAUACGCUACAAGUGUACAUUCGGGUAAAGAUUUACGCCAUCAAGCGUUAGUGGUGAUUGGCCAAAGUCUGCAAAAAGCAAUGAAGUGUCUUCAGCUUACUACCACCGCCAUACUUUUGAAUUUGGGGUUAGGAUUGGCCUCCUACAUCAAUCCCAUUGUGGACUCUAAUCAUCCAGAUCCAGGUGUUUUAAGGCUACCAACAGGUGAAUAUGUGGCUGUGACCACAUCCAACUUGAAUCAAGAGGGAAACCUUUUCCCCAUUCUCUUUUCUAAGGACAUGAUUACUUGGGAAGAGAGAGGGCAUGUGUUCAAACAAAAUGAGUGGCCAACAUGGGCAUUCCAAGAUUUCUGGGCCCCCGAGAUUCAUUUGGUGGAUGGCAGGUAUCAAGUGUAUUUUUCAGCUCGACAGAGUGAGAACAACCAACUUGCCAUUGGUGUGGCCAUUUCUCAAGACUCGGUCAAUCCAUUUGGUCCGUAUCUGGAUCUAGGACGUCCUAUCAUACAAGGUGAACCAGGCGUGAUCGACAUUCAUUACACUAGGGAUCCAACAAACAACGAGAAACCCUAUUUGGUCUGGAAGACGGACGACAAUGCCCUUAAUCAGCCCUCCAAGAUUUAUAUUCAAGAGGUUGAAAGCAAUGGGAUCGACUUCGUUCCCGGAAGCGUAGCAACUAUCAUCAUGGAAGCCACUGAACCUGAAGAUGUCAACGUGGUCGAAGGACCGUCCAUUUUCUACCAAGAGCCUUACUUCUAUUUGCUCUUCUCUGGUGAUGUCUAUCUCAGUCCAUACUACCAUACAGUGGUAGCUAGGUCCUUCAAGAUUCAAGGACCCUAUGAAAGAGCCCCCUCGGAUCGCACCUUCCUUCACACUGACUUAGAAAAGUUUGAAAAUGGCGAGGAUUGCACCUUUGUCGGUCCUGGACACGGAUCCCCUGUGAUUUCCCCCACGAAUCGUUGGGUAUAUGUGUAUCACACAUGGCGAUAUGGCCUCGUUGAUACCUACCCGCCUGGUCGAGUAAUGAACCUGGAUCCUAUGAAUUUCGACGAGAACAUGUGGCCAAUCGUUGGUGUUCCAAGUGAUACCGAACAACUCGACCCUUAGAAUGCUUCAUUGAAGUUUUCAUCGGUCAGAACGAGUUGGGAAAAUGUAGAUUUUGUCAUUUGUGUUUCUGAUCAAUGAAAGGACUCUUGUCCAUUUCAAUCGUGGUUAUUAGGAUUUGAUAUGCCUAUAUGUACGUAUAUAUUUGGUUGCUGGAUUUGGCAUGUCUUCAUAAGGGAUGGAAACCUUGGUGAAUUAAGAAAUUAAAUGCCCCAUUGACGGAA